AUGGGUCAACUGGCACAACUCUGGUUUUCUGCAGAAUUCGACUUUUCCGCGUGGAGCCAUAUGUGAGCGUGUAGGCGGGUGGUGACUCCUCCUUUAGGGCUUUGGUGCUGGAGCUGGGGGGAGUGGACAAAGACAAUCAUCGCUUUAUCUUUCAAGAGCCGAACACGCCGGGUCUCCCCAUCUGCUGCUGCUGGACCUCCAGGGAGGCUGGAAUAAAGGAGGAUGCUGGCAUUGGAGCUGGGGAGGCAGAGGGACUGCACCACUGUCCUUGGGUUGUUCCUUUUUGCUGCUCUUGUUGUGGCCGUCCAGAGUGCCUGUGAUGUUCCACCGCGUCUCCCAUCUGCAGAACUCAAAGAGCGAUACCAGAGCAUGACCACAUUUCCCUAUGGUUUAAAGGUGGAAUACACCUGCCGUCCAGGUUACAUGAGAAAUCUUAAUGUCCAAAACACCCUCGUUUGUGGACGAAACAGUAGGUGGUAUGGAUCAAUGGAGUUCUGUAUACCGAAGCCGUGCAGCUACCCUGGUGAGCCGGCCAACGGCAGACUCGUCCUAACAGAAAGAUUCACUUUUGGUUCAUCAGUGAACUUCACCUGUAACACUGGGUACAGGCUGAUUGGAGAUUCUCAAAUUCAAUGUGUGAUUAAAAAUGGGGCUAUUACAUGGGACAGAGAUAUUCCCAUCUGUGAGCCAAUACCGUGUCCACCCCCUCCAGAAAUAGCUAACGGAGAGCACAGCGGAGCUGGCAAAGACCGUUUUGAAUAUGGAGCAUCCGUGACUUACCGGUGCCAUCCUGUCAAAAGGGGAGAGGCGCCUUUCUCACUGGUGGGAGACGACUCUAUUUUCUGUACAACCACAGAUAACCUCAAUGGUGUCUGGAGCAAGGCAGCCCCGGAGUGCAAAGUGGUGAACUGUGAGCAGCCGAGCGUGGAGCACGGGGAGCUGCUGAGCGGGUACCGCCCUGCGUACACCUACCGAGACACCGUCGUCUUCGACUGCAAUUUUCGCUAUGCCAUGAAUGGCAGCGACACGUCCACCUGCCAAGAAAACGGCCUCUGGGACCCUCCGCUGCCGCGCUGUCAGCUCAGUAGCUGUACUGACCCUCCAGAUGUUGAAAAUGCCAUUAAAGCAAAACUUGCUGGCAAUUUGUUUCCUGUGGAAACCAUCAUCACCUACGAGUGCUGGGAGGGCCACCAGUUCAGCCCGGGAGAAACCACCCGGCACAUCAAGUGUCUGCCAGAUUUUACAUGGACCGAAACUCCACCUCCUUGUGAAAGAAUUCGUUGCGCAAAUCCAGACAUCAAGAAUGGCAAGCCCUUAUAUCUGUGGGAAGAUAAAGACAGUUAUGUGUAUGGAUACAGACUUGAAAUUACAUGUAACGAUGGCUACGCUUUCAAAGGUCGUGGUGGUAGCGUUGUGCUUCAAUGUACAAGCGAUGGUAGAUGGGAUCCAGCAGCACCAGAGUGUACUGAAACACCUCGUUGCCCAAAGCCAGAUACUGCUCAUGGAAAAGAGGUUUAUAAAAGCAAAGAUGAUUACACAGUUGGGACCCGAGUGAGGCUGGCGUGUGAUGAAGGUUAUGCCCUCAGGGGCCAGGACUCCAUUGAGUGUCAAGCUGGUGCGAACUGGAAUCCCCCGUUACCGUUCUGUGACAAAGUCUGUGGUCCCCCUCCACAAAUUACCAAUGGGCAGCACUCUGGCUUGGGACGGGAUCAGUUCUCCUAUGGCGCGGAGGUGAAUUACAGCUGUGCCAAGGGGCUGUCCCUCGUUGGGGACAACCCCAUCUACUGCACCUCUGAAGAUGGGGUGAACCUGACGUGGAGCGGACCAGCCCCGGAGUGCAGGGUGGUCCGGUGCCCCAAGCCCGUGGUGCAGAGGGGCAGGAUGACUCCGCAGAGGUUCACCUUUCCCUACGGGGCGGCCGUGCGGUUCUCCUGUGACGAAGGCUUUGUGCUGCAGGGCAAUGCUGAGAGCCAGUGCCUGGCUGAUGGCACCUGGCACCCUCCCCUGCCCACUUGCCAGCCAGUUCGGUGUCCCAAACCAAAACAGGAGGACCUAACGAUUUUCGCUCCUAAAUUAUGGUACGAGGUGAACGAAAAUCUGUUCUUCCACUGCAGACUUGAUGGCUAUCGAUUAAUAGCUACCUGCUCAGCUAACGGCACUUGGAUACCACCGCCCACGUGUAAAAAGCGUGAUACAUGUGAGAAGAUUCUUCAAAUUAGGGAAGCUUUCCAGUGUGGAGUUCCACUGACAGAACUGAAAACUCUGCUGGAGGUCCAGAAACUCUACCUGGAAAUCCAGAAACUGGAAAAGGAGCUAAGAACCGUAGCAUACGGCUGACCAUCGUUACUGGUAUCAUGAGAACCAUCCUCUUUGCAUGUUGAAUAAUCAUGCUGACUAAGGAUUUUUUUGUGGCUUCGUAAUUUGUACUAAAACUUAAGUAACCAGAACAAAAUUUAUCAAUCAGUCAAGGAACAGAUUUGGUCGUAUGGGGAGUCAGAAAGCGACUUCAUUUGGCUCAUUCUGUUAGAGCUCACUGGGUUAGGUUUAGUACAUCACUGUAUACAUUUUAAAGCUUUACAUUUAGACAUGUUUGUUCUGAUGAGUGCGCAGCUGGAAAGGAACUGAGUGGACAGUAACUUCUUGUUGGAUUUGUGCAGCCGCUGUACAGACAGGCACGUGUGUGGCAAGAGCCACCAGCCCAACUCACCCGCACCUGCUGCACCUCUUCAGCUGCAAUCCAGUACAGCCCAGUGCCACUGGGUUCACAUAUAUUGCAUGCAUUAUUGUGAACAAGCAAUUAACCGCCUAAUUCACUGUGACCUUCAGAACAGGCACAAUGAAGAAAACUUCAAAGCCUGUUUUCCGGCAAAACAAAAAGCUAGGUUUUCUUCCCAAGCAGAACAGAUAUAUCUGAGGCCAUGGCGGUGCCCAUCUUUGUGUGUGCACAGGGAGCAGUUGUUGGAAAUAAAACUGUAAAGAGAGAAGCAGCUGAAUUGUUUCUGCAAAGUCCAGCAAAAGGGAAGCGCUCUGCUAGCAUGCAUCUUGUGAUCAAACCAGUACUCCUUCACCGUGAGAUUAUAAUAAAGCUGCAACUGUAAUGCCA